CUGACGUCCCAGUGCUAAGCAGAGUUACCGGCAGGUAGUAUAUCCACAUGUAGAUAUAUUACGGCAAGACUACCCACCCCCGCGCCUGAUCGAGGAUUGCUCGGGGAACCCUAUCGUCCGCAGAGGGUUACAAGUCCCUGCGUAUACAUUCAAGCCACCCCAGCCGCUAUAUUACGUAUCCCGAGCGAAUAUUACAUAUGUCAUGAGGUUAUCGGAGCCGUAACCAAAUAGGCCAUUUUCCCUUAAAGCCGCCUGCGGCCGGUCCUGCUGGACUUUAUCGGACCGGGCCACUCUCGUCGCUCCAACACAAGUAAAACCCCCGUAGCCGCCACGCGACCAAGACGGCUGGUGUUACCAACAACCCAUUCUCGCCAGUGGAGUACUCGACAACCGGCAUUUUCUAAAGGGUGCAGUCACUUCCAUCAUGGAGGAUCCGGCUAUCGCUUUCAACCAGCUGCCGCCCGAGACGCGGGAGGCGCUGCUCAACGGACCGGGCCUUCAACCGCCGCCCGGCGUUACACCCAACUUCGAGUUCCGACCAAACGAAAAUGCCAUCGCUCACGGCACUAUGGCUUCCUGCGUAAUCAUCUGCACGAUAUUCAUCUGCUUCACGGUUUACGCAAAAGUAUUCCAUUUCAAGAAGGUUCGCUUUGAAGAUUAUUGGGCGCUGGCUUCCGUUGUCGGCUGGGUCGUGUUCAUCGCAUACAUGUACGAGGUUACGAUAAAAUACGGAUAUUUCGUUCACCAGUGGGACUUCCGCCUCCGGGAGGUGCCCGACUAUCUCUACUAUUUCGCCGUUGUCAUUGUGCCCUACUAUAUCUCAAUAGCGACCAUAAAGGGGGCGAUCAUUUUUCAGUGGAUUCGCAUCUUCGUCCCUCAGGGGACUCGCAACGCCUUCUUCUGGGUAGGACAGGCCAUAGUGUGGUUGAACUUCAUUGCUUCUAUGAUCAUGAUGUUCAUGGUCAUCUUCGCGUGCAACCCGCGAGAGAAGUUUUGGAAUCCUCUCAUCCCAGGAACCUGCCUCAACGCCCUGGCUACGGUCUACAUUGCGCCCAUCAUCAAUCUCGUUUUCGACACGGUUGCGUUAAUCCUGCCACAGAAGGUCAUCUGGAGUCUCCGCCUAUCUUGGCGCAAGAAGCUCGGCGUCUCCGUGCUCUUCGCAUUGGGUAUACUUGCAUGCCUUUCUGCAGGAUUACGGAUCGGCGUCUCGAUUACCUUCGCGACCCAGCCAGACCGCACUUACAACAUUGGCAGCACAGAAUUAUGGUGCAUUGCGGAGAUGUCGGCUGGGAUCUUGAUCUACUGCAUGCCCACCGCGCCAGUUGCCAUCAAGCACCUGACAGGAAAGGCGGUGCUGACGGGGUCGAGGAUCACGGGCCCGUCUUCCGGACGAGCAGCAUCGAAGAACACCAGCACCGGCACAUCGUGGAAAGCCUCGAACAAUCAGGAGCCUAAGAAGGGCAUCUAUCAUGAAAUAGACGAGGUGCCCCUGACGACGAUUCAACCCGCAACCGCGAUAGCAUCCGAACGCCCGCGAGACGUAGAACAGGGACCCCAGCAGGACGAUGAAGGGAUCAGGCGGACUACCCACGUCACUACGAUCACGCAUCAAACUAUUGCGGAUCCCGACGAUGCUUACAUGCGCCAGCAUCCUUGGGACACGAACCGUAAUGCGAAUGGCAAAAGGUGGUCCGAGGUGUAGAGCAAGGCCAUUAAGUCGCACUGGAUUGAUUUCUUUCUUUUUUCCCUGGAACCCUGAAUACGAUUGCGUGGUGGCCACUGCGGGGGAUCGCCGGGAACGGGGCAUUUGUAUAAACAACCACCUAAUAGGUAUAGCUGGCGGACAGGCUCCCGCCCACGAUCUUAGUAUACCCAGGAUAUAUUAAUAUCCAUAGCCUAUAUGUUAGUUGAGCUGUAUGACGAAAAUAUACCUACAUCGAUA